AUGGAUGAGGAACGAGCGGAGGCCACGAUGCUUCUGUUUACAAAGGCCAGAGACUCCGGGGCUGAGACCGUCAUAACUCACUACUGUCCUGUGUGUUUGGUGUUCUUUAAAAAUAACAGCUGUCUGAAGGGAUUUCAAGGACCCCUGCUGGCCGUUGUGCGUACUGCUCCGUACAGAUACAGCUGCGAUGGCCGGAGGAGAAUAUUCCCUGCUACCUCCACGACCCCCCACCUCCACGACCCCCCUCCUCCACGACCCUCCUCCUCCACGACCCUCCUCCUCCACAACCCUCCUCCUCCACGACCCUCCUCCUCCACGACCCUCCUCCUCCACGACCCUCCUCCUCCACAACCCUCCUCCUCCACGACCCUCCUCCUCCACGACCCUCCUCCUCCACGACCCUCCUCCUCCACGACCCUCCUCCUCCACGACCCUCCUCCUCCACGACCCUCCUCCUCCACGACCCUCCUCCUCCACGACCCUCCUCCUCCACGCUCUCUGGAAAUCCCCAAAUAUGUUGUUGUUUUGAAGAGCUAA